AUUGGCAUCCUUUGCCCGGAAACCGCGUCUACUGGCAGUGGGCUGGGGGCUCUGGGAUGCCAGCCAUUGAAUUCACGGGAGUCCCAUUUAUGUUUGUGGGCUCUAAAAGGCUCGUCUGCCAUCAGGGCAAGGACCUCGCCGUAGCUCAGAAGCAGAGAUAUGCCGAGGAAAGGGCAAAAAAGACGAUGAUUGACCACACUUUAGUUAGGAACAAAUCAAACUCGCAGUCUAGUAAAAAGGUGGGAUGCCCAGCAGCCAUAUCAAUCAGCAAGAUUGCAACAUUCCCUAAAUUCAAGUUGGAAGAAGACAGGGAGAGGAGUAAGAAGGCAGCCUCCAAGAUGCUGAAAGAGGCUUUGGAGAGAGAUCCAGUUGUGUGGGGAACAUGCUAUGUUGUUACACAGCCAAGUGCGCAUGCUGGGCACGGAAUGGGAGAAAUGGAGCCCGUGGACGCAAGAGUGGAGCAGCAGGUGGUGGAGCUCAGAAAGCAGGGCGUGAGGAAGGUCAGCGAGCUGAAGCGUCAUCUUGCUCAGUUUGUAACAGCUGAGCUUUUUAAGGGAGCUAACCCACCCCCUGCGUCCAGGCGCCGGUACUACCCCUCAGAGAAGGACCUCCGAAAUAUAAUGGCUAAGGUGAAGGACCAGGCUCGGCACAGAAUCGAUCAGGUGAACCUGGAGGGCUUGUUUGAAGAAUGGUGUGCUGCUACACCUGAGGACAAGUUCCAUCUGCGCCUCCGUACAGAGGACGCCUCCUUCCUCUUCUGCCAUCAAACGUUGUGGCAGAUGAGGCUGCUGCGCCUGUAUGGGGCAGACGUCUGCGUGUUCGAUGCCGCCUACAGAACAAUCCGCUACCCUCUGCCCCUGUGCUUCUUGUGCGUCCGCACUAACAUGUGCUACUCCGUUGUGGGAGUGAUGGUACUCCAAGAAGAAACAACAGAAGCCAUCAAAGAGGGUCUGGAAGUGUUCAAGUGUUGGAACGCAGACUGGAGGCCAGCAAGCUUUAUGGUCGAUUGCAACGCUGCCGAAAUCCAAGCUGUUGAGUCUGUGUUUGAAGGCACCAAAGCGCUGCUCAGUGACUUUCACAGGGAGAAGGCAUGGGACGAAUGGAUACAGAAGGAGCAUCGAGUGGCUGACAAAGGAGAUGCUCUUACAAAGCUGAAAGCGAUAGCCAGCUCACUCACUGCAGAGCAGUACGAGGAGGCAGUGAAGGCCCUGAUGGCCAGCCACACCUGGGAACAAAAUCCUGCGUUUCAGAGCUGGUUUUCAGACACGUGGUUGUCCAAAGCAAAGAGAUGGGUGUCUGCCUUCAAAGAAGAGACACUGAAUCUAACCAUCAUCACAAACCACGAGACUGAACACCAGAAUAAAUUGUUCAAGCACAAAUACCUGGAGGACUACAGGGACCGGACAUUAUCUGAAAUGCUGGACAUCGUGACACAUGUGUACAUCCCUGAACUGCGGAGGACGUACAUUGAAGCUAAUGUGAGGUCAUACAGACAGCGUGACUCCAGUGUCCCUCCUUUCCUGUGGGACAGACCCGCAGACGUCAUUCAACACAUCACGAGCUGCAUGGACAGCUCUCUCUCUGAGGGACAUGUGGUCAAGCUGGGCGACGGUGUGUUCAGAGUGAAGAGCGAGACACAGGAGGACCAGUUUUUGGUCAUUAAACAGCUCCACAUCCCCCUGCGGCUGCUGUGCGGCGGCCUGCUAUUCGCCUGUAAUGCAGUCAUGUGGACCACCUUCUCCAAGGCACUCCGCCAUUCCACCUCUACAGCCAGGGCCACUGUCACGACCACUGCAUCCAACUUCAUUUCCUCUGGACUGCUAGGGAGGCUCUUCUUUGGAGAGAGCCAUGCAACUCUGUGGUGGGCAGGCAUCUCUCUCACUCUGUGUGGACUGCUGAUGCUUCAUGGUUCAGCACCUCAGACACACCCACAGGAAGCAGACAAGAAGGACCAGUAA